AUGAGAAGAAUUCCGCCCAGUCGAAAGCUAAAAAAACCUUCCCGAAGAAAACGGCACCUGCACCACAGAAAGAUGGCUCACAGAAUGGACCGAAGGCUUCUUCAAAAGGAUCCUCCUCCAAACCUCCACACAGAGGUGGUCCUAGUCGAAACCCGAUGUCUAGACGGCUUUCGCCAUCUUAUUCUCGAUCGGGGCCAUCUCCUUUCGUGUCCCCACUAA